UGAAAGAUGGCGGCCGCCAUGGUUUCAUCGAGUAGCGGAGACGAGGAAAACGCACCAGAAAGUCUCAAAAAGUCAAAAUUGUCAACACACAAACAUUGUUACAUGCAUAUUACGUCUGUGAAGCACGAAAAGGUUGAUUGUUUUACCAAUACAAGAUGGAAUACGUACAGGACAAGCUUACAACGGUCGCUCGGCUUGAAGGGAGACUCUCGGAACGUGGUGGCUGAAAACCACAAGCACUGUCUUGAUUUCGAGUUCGAAGAUAUUCCUGAGGACGCUGGCUUCCACCACACAUGCUACAUAAGGUUUACCGACACAAAGGCCAUGACGAAGGUGGAAAGACGGCUUGCACGUGAGGGAGAUCAAAACGUUAGGGAGGACCUUGAGGUCGAGCCCAUCCCAUCGACGUCUCGCAGCACGUACCGAAGCCAAACAGAGAAGCUACGAUCAAGGUCAGGCCUGCCAAUCGCAGGCUCUGGCCCCGUCCUUCCUGCCCUGUGCAUUAUAUGCAAGAUGAAGGAGGAAAUGAUCAUCAAAGCAGGCAAGCGACAAAGGGAUCAACUGUGUAAGGCUGAAACAUUAAAAGCAGGCAAAUUGCAGAAAGCUGCUGAGAAGAAAGAUGACCAAAGUGUUGACCAGCAGGCAAGGAAGUGAUUUUGCGUGCUGACAAGAAGUUAUUUUCCAGGCUCCUCAUCCUUGGCCAGAGCAGGAAAAUUGAAAUGAGGGAAAUUCUGUCAUAUUCCUUGGGAACUGUGUCAUAUCCAUUAGCAAGUGCUGAUGGUUCACUUGCCAAAACAAACAAAUCAGCUCUCAUGGAUCUAUUGGAGAGCAAAGGUGGAGAGUGCUUGGUUGACAAAGUUCCAAUAGGUGGUGCCAUUCUUUUUGAUGGCAUGGCAGUCAUGCAGGCCAUGCCAUCCAGACCAGCAACAUUUGGAGAGCUUGCAGAGACCAUACUGCAGAGCAUACUCCAACUUGCUUUGCAUCACAAGUGUACACGCAUUGAUUUUGUCACUGACCGGUAUCCACCCAUCAGCAUCAAAAGCCUAGAACGGUCCCGUAGAGCUGAUGCAGGGUCACAACUAAUAACAAUCUUCAGCCCAGAUCAGAGAACUCCAACCCAGUGGAAGAAGUUUCUCUCUGACGGAAAAAAUAAGGAAGCACUGGCCGAAUUCCUUUAUGUGGCAUGGACAUAUGCAGACCUCACAACAGUGGGUAAAAACCUCAGCUUGUACAUUGCCCAUCAAAAUCAAUGCCACUGUGUAACUGUCAUGGAGGGUGUACAGUCUGUUGAUGUUGUUGAAGACCUGCAGUGUGAUCAUGAGGAAUGUGACACACGAGUGUUUUUACAUGCCCAACAUGCUGCACAGGAGCACAAAGCUGUCAUCAUCAAGAGCUCGGACACUGAUGUGGCAGUCAUUGCUGUAAGUCUGCAGGCAGAUUUGCCAUGCAGCUUAUAUGUGUUCACAGGGACUGGCAACAGGACACGGAUCAUUGACAUUGCCAUGGUGUCAUCAGCUCUCGGAACCAGUGUGUGUUCAGCCUUGAUUGGAAUUCACACGUUCUCUGGGUGUGACUCCACAAGCGCUUUCUAUGGCAAAGGCAAAAGAAAGUCAUUUGCUGUUGCAUGUGAGAAAGAUGACUACCUUAAGGCUUUCAGAAGUUUAGGUACUAACUUUGACUUGGAGCAAUCAACAUUUGCACUUCUUUGCCGGUAUGUAUGUCACCUGUAUGAUCAGCCAGCAGCCGAACAUGUAAAUGAUGCUAGGUACAAGGCUUUCUGUAUGGCAUCAUCGGCCUUGCCAGAAUUAAGCAUUCCCCCUACUCAUGAUGCCCUCCAUCAGCACUGCAAAAGGGCAAAUUACCAGGCAGCAAUAAUGAGGUCCUGUCUCAAAAGAGAAAUGAAUGCUCCAUCACCUGCUGGAUAUGG